AUGGCAGAAGAAGUAGAAGUUAAGUGGAAGAGAGGGAGAACGUUGGGGAAAGUAGGGUUUGGCUUUGUUUCUUUAGCUUCCAUUGAUAAUACUACUGAUUACGCUGGUACUGUUCAUCAUCGUAGAAUUCCAUCACUGAUUGCUGUAAAAUCUUGCAUGUUGAGUCGAUCACAGUCACUUCAAGAGGAAAGGGAAUUCCUUAGGUUAUUUGAAAAGUCUCCUUAUGUUAUUCCGUGUUUUGGUGUUAAAGUCACGUUAGAAGACGGUGUACUCCUCUACAACUUAUUGUUAGAAUAUGCAUCCGGUGGAAGUUUGGCUGAUCGUUUGAAUUGUUCAGGGAAAGGGUUGCCGGAAAUUGAAGUUAAAAAACACACCAAAAACGUCGUUUUAGGGCUCAGUCGCAUUCAUGGCGAGGGAAUCAUUCACUGCGAUAUAAAGCCUCACAGCAUUCUACGCAAGUAUACGUGA